GUAUGCAUAGAUCGACCCGUGUUAGGAUCCAACUCAGAUCAUGGGUCCGAUCUUACGAAAUUCCACUUUAGCUCCCUCCAGAAACCUUUCCUCUUGUCACUCCCCAGUUAGGCGCAUCAAUCAAAUCUUCCGUUUAACUACUUCAGUUCAAUAAGUUAAUUUGGAUGGAUCGGUGGACUGGAAUUCUGAAGGUGCCGUUGCAUCCGAAUAGCAGCAGUUUCUAUAGAGUUGCUGCGUCUCUGUGCAUCUUUUCUUCCACUAAGACUCUUGCUGUGCCUUCUGCGAAUGCCAUCUUCUUCAAUGGGGAUCAAGUUGAAGGCACAGGAAAUUUUGUGAUCGAGAGGUUAUCUGAUGUCCAGAAAAUUGCUGAAAUUUUGGUUUCAAAAUUUGGGUCUACCAUCAAUGCUUGGGUUAUUGAGGCCAACACUUUUAAUGGUCCUUUUGCUGUGUACAAGGAUUUUAUUCCGACUGUCAACCUCGAUGGCGAACCACAAUCUUACAAUGCAACAGGACUUCCUGCUUCAUCAUCAAUUGUCUUGCUGUUGUCUAAUUGUUUAAAAGAGGUCAAUACGUAUGUCUUUAAGAUGAAAUCAUGAUUCAGGAGUCUGGAAGCUAUAGAUUACCUAGCUGUGGAGCUUUCUUGGUUAGCAGCAAAAGGCGAUUUGAUUUGGAGCAUAAUUUGGCUGAUAUAACAGAGGUUCAAAGAAUAGGAGGUAUUGUUUGAGGUCUGCAGCGGAAGAACUAUGAAACAAAAGAGACUUUAUAUUAGUGAAAAACAAACAGGCAAUAACUGAUGAAUCAUUGGGUAUACUAGGUGGAUGAACAGAAAAUGCUAGAUUUUAAUUGAGCAAUAAGAUCUUCAUUCAGAGCAGUUCCUCUUCCAAAGAAGCAACUAAAAUCUACUCUUGAUUUGGGUGUCUUCUUCAGCUGAAUGAGCAGUCUGGGAUUCUCUUCUUAAUGACACAGAAAAAUUGAACAAGAAGGUGCUCAAAUAAAAAGAGCCAAUGGAAUAAUCAAACUACUCUUAUCAUUUAUCUUGCUUCCAUGCUACCCCAGGGAUAGAAGGAACCAGUGGGAUUAUGCUGCCACAUCAGAACAUAAGUUCCAAGGCUAUGUUUGAUUCGUCAACUGAAGAUAUUCUAUUCUUACAUUCAAAUCCAUUUAUCUGCAUAACCAUGUUUGAAUUAGUAGCAUCAACAUUGCCAAUAAAGUUGUGGUUUAUGAAAUUGUUGAUGAUUGUCUGGAAGUGUACUUGAGGAGAGAGGGUAGGUAAAAUUGUGAUUGGGCAAAGCUUGCCAAAUUUGCAAGAAUACUUUAUGCUAUAGAACUUGCUAUAAUUUCAUAUUUGCUCCAAGUUUGUGAUCUUCAGAUUAUUUCUG